UGCAUUCACUGCCCCCCUCUCUCACUAUUGCAUGUGCCCAUUGUCAAUUUUGAUAUCAUACAAACCAACUUUCUCUCUCCUCUCUCUCUCUCACACACACACACAAACACUGUGCACUGUGAGUGUUUGUGUUUGUUUGUCAAUGUAGAGUUGUAGUUGUAGUAGUAUUUGUAAUGCUUUUGUGUUCAAACACCCCAUGAUGGCUUUACACUAAAACUCUCCAAUUCCCAUUAUCUUAUUCUUAUCUUUCUGCGCACCUCCUCCUCACUUCAAUUAUUUCCUUCUCUCAUCAUCAUCAUCAUCUCUCUCUCUCUCAAAUUCUUCUUUGAUCCACGCCCCAUCUUCUAUAAGUGGGAGAACCUUGUGAAUUUUCAAUCUUUUUUCUGGUAUAGUUAAUUUUAUAUACACGCGAAUAAGUACAAGCAUGGCAUGGUUGGUGAAGGUGAAGAAGACGAUUUCCCAUGGUUUUGAUUCGGUGCGAUCCACCACCCCUCCGACCACCAAGAAGGUCGUGAUCAAGAAAUCCAACGUUGGGGUUUUGGCUUUUGAGAUUGCGGGUCUUAUGUCGAAGCUUCUCCAUUUAUGGCAGUCUCUGUCGGACAAGAGUGUCGCUCGCCUUCGAGGGGAAUCAAUUUGCCUGGAAGGUGUUCGUAAGAUUAUCUCAAAUGACGAUGCCUUCUUGUUGGGCUUGGCGUGUGCGGAGUUGGCGGAGAAUCUGAGGUUGGUUGCCAAAUCCAUUUCACGGAUCAGUAAAAAGUGCGAGGAUUCAACUCUGAGAAGCUUCGAGCGUUUGUUUGAUGAGUUUGCAAAUUCUGGGCGUGAUCCGAAUAACUGGCUUCUGGGCUCCAAAGAGAUGGAGUCCAAGACCAAGAAGAUGGAUCGGUUUGUCACGACAACCGCCACUUUGCACAGAGAGAUGGACGAGCUCUUGGUGCUUGAGAACGGUUUGAAGAAAUCAUUGCAGAGUAAGGACAAUGAUGCUGCAAUCAAAGAGAAGAAAAUCAUUGAGUUGCAGCAGAAGAUUCUAUGGCAGAGGCAAGAAGUGAAGUACUUAAAGGAGAAGUCUUUGUGGUGUAGAAGCUUUGACACUGUCACAUCAUUGCUUGCAAGAUCUGUCUUCACUAUUCUUGCAAGGAUCAAACUUGUUUUCGGAGUUGGCCAUGGUUUUCCGACAUCCUUGCCUCGUACUCUUUCGGCCUCAGCUUUGGUAUAUCCUUCCGAAAACCCUAAUACAUGUGCAUUCGUAUCCGGUCCUUUGAUGAAAACCCCCCCAAAUCUCCAACCUCGCCAAGGAUUCUUCGAGCUAAACUCCAAGAUUCUUAAACCACCCUCAAGCACCUUAGGAGCCGCUGCACUCGCUUUGCACUAUUCAAAUUUGAUCAUCGUGAUGGAAAAGAUGAUCCGGUCGCCACAGCUAGUGGGGGUCGAUGCAAGAGACGACCUUUACUCAAUGCUACCUAAUAGCAUUCGUUUCGCUUUAAGGGGUCGACUGAAGGGGGUGGGAUUUUCAGCCAGCAAUCCAAUUCUUGCUGCCGAGUGGAGAGACGCCUUGCAGAAGAUACUAGGAUGGCUAUCUCCACUGGCUCAUAACAUGAUCAAAUGGCAAAGUGAAAGAAGCUUCGAGCACCAGAACUUGGUGCCCAAAACCAAUGUUCUUUUGCUGCAAACUCUCUACUUUGCAAAUCAAGAAAAGACCGAAGCUGCCAUAACCGAGCUUCUUGUCGGUCUGAACUACAUUUGGAGGUUCGAAAGAGAGAUGAACGCCAAGGCCAUAUUUCAGUGCAGCAACUUCAAUGGAUACCUGAAUUCACAACAAGGUCCAAGCUAGUUUAAUUAACCAUGCAUAUCUGAUCAAGCCCUUCUCCUUUACCCCCUUCUAUUAAAAACUAGUCUUCUGAUUUUGGUUUUUGAUCAUAAUAUUGCAUCAAUCAGCAAUGGAUUUUUGUAUUUAACUCUUGGUCCAGAUCUGUGAGGAUAGUCUUGCAUCUAACCCCUGAUCUGCACAUUGUAAUAUAGUAGUAUUAUUGCUGUAAAUGCCCAAGGGUUGAACAAUAUUUUCAA